AUAAAAAGGGUUCUUGAAUGAAAAUGAUUCACAUUUGAGCCAACACUGAACGUAGCAACUGGUUAGAAGACAACAACAUUGAUAUUCUGUCAAUCUGAGAAACCAAAAUGAAGACAUUUAUCAUUUGCUGCAUCGUUGCUGUAAUAUCGGCUGAAAAUUUUCGCAUACAACUUGCAGAAAAUGGUGAAAAAUUUUCAGAGGAAGUUAAGGUUGAUAUCGCUGGAAACACCGAGGAGAUAAAGGUUCCUCAGCACCAAAACAGGCUACAACUUCACCAACUGAAUGACUUCAACAAGGGUCUUAGUGCAAUGAAGCUACCGACGAGAAAGAAGUGCUACAUAUCAGAAAUCAAGGCAGCGGAACAACGUCCUCUUCAGAUGAAGGAGAGUUUAACAGCGACUCAUUCUCGGUUCCCGACAGACAGGUACAUGGUCGAAUCAACCAACCAGCUAGUUGUUAGAAGAAUGACAGCUGAAGAGGUUGGAGAAAAAAUCGUUGCUCACUGUGGUGGAUAUGAAAUGCUUUAUACUGUUGAUGUCACCAAAGAAAAUGCAGAGAAUGUUGCUCUGGGCCUUGCAUAUUAUAUAGCAGGGAAAACGAAAAGGAGCACAAACACAAGAAUCACGAAUUUCUUUGCAUGUACCUUGAAAAGUGUCAACGUUGUAUACUCUUGCAGAGGAUCAAACCAACGAUUGGGUGCCAGAUGUUCCUUCCAGAGAUCUGAUACCAAUACAUGCAUUUAUCAGAUCACAUGCCCAACAACGACAUCAGACCGUGGUUUAGCUGCAGUAUGUCAGGGAACUCACAGAAUGAGUAGUUUGCAGUGCUGUGACUUUGUUUGCUUGCCUGUUGGAAAAUAGGCAUUCAUGUAAUUCAUGUAAUCUGUAAUCUGAAUUUGUUGGUUCUGUCAUUAAAUGUUCUAUUUACGCAUAGAUAUAUUUAAAUGAUAACCACAUCCAAA